CACAAAGUGUGCGCAUGCGCAGAGGCGUUCUUCAGUGCGCUGUUUCGGCCUGUUUCGGCACUGGCCGGACAUUUUCGCCUCUUUGUUUUACUGAUAGUGGAUUUAACUCGGAUUCAACCCAAUAUCCAGCGGACCGCUCUGGCCAUAAACAGCUGUGUGAAGUGGAGCACAGGAUGCAGAGUUAACACCACCCUGUGUCUUGCAGAAGAAGCCCGGCUGCCAGACCCUCAGUAGUAGACACAUGGCGGCAUUGGGGAACCCCGAGAUGUUAACCAGGAAGAUUAAACUGUGGGACAUCAAUGCCCACAUCACCUGUCGUCUGUGUGAGGGGUACCUGAUCGACGCCACCACAGUCACUGAGUGCUUACACACCUUCUGCAGGAGCUGUUUGGUGAAGUACCUAGAAGAGAACAACACGUGUCCCACAUGUCGGAUUGUCAUUCACCAGAGCCAUCCACUGCAGUACAUCGGCCAUGACCGAACAAUGCAAGAUAUUGUCUAUAAGUUGGUGCCAGGACUGCAAGAAGCGGAGAUGAAGAAACAGAGAGAAUUCUAUCAGAAGUUAGGCAUGGAGGUGCCUGGAGACAUCAAAGGAGAACUGUGCAACAUGAAAACCCACCUGGACGCUCAACACAAUGGUGACUUGAAAUCAGAAGAUCCAGCCAACAAGGAAGCAGGAGAUGAGAAAGCAGAGGAGGACAAUGACUACCAUCGCAGUGAUGAGCAGGUGAGUAUCUGUCUGGAGUGUAACAGCAGUAAGCUCAGAGGCCUCAAGCGGAAGUGGAUUCGUUGUUCGGCUCAGGCGACCGUUCUCCACCUCAAGAAGUUCAUCGCAAAAAAGCUAAACCUGACAUCUUUCAAUGAGCUGGACAUCUUAUGCAAUGAAGAAAUCUUGGGCAAGGACCAUACUUUGAAAUUUGUUGUGGUAACAAGAUGGAGAUUUAAGAAAUCCCCCCUCCUCCUUCAUUACAGACCCAAAAUGGAUCUGCUGUAGUUGGACAAAAACGCUUGGUUGUUUUGGCCCAGUGGCUGAGGACUGUGCUACGUGCUAUAUAUGCAUAGACCAUCAACGCCCACACCAAACAAACACGGAUAUGAGCCAGCAAACAACAAAACCAGCACAGCCACUGCGACACUGACGACUUACGGGAACAACCGUUUUUUUCUGUCUGUUCGUCCGCUAUAUGUCCUAGAUAUGUGAAAAAUUGAGAGAAAGCAUAUAUUUAUACUUUUGUAUAGUUGAGAGAAGUGGAACCAAGACCCAAUUGGUGCACUGUUUACACUAUAAAAAAAAAAAAAAGACAAAUAAAAAAGGUUUAACAUUUUUUUUUAACUUUUGGACUUUGUUCCCACUUCAAUUAUGGGCAAAAAGAUGGUGCUCGGUGUCUGCUGUCCUCCGUGGAAGUGUCCACUUUUACACUGCUAACCAGAAGAGAGGAGGUGUUUCAAACUGACCACUCUCUCUCAGGUCAUACCUAACUGGAGCUCAGAGCCUUUCUAAGCUUAUAUAAAGCAGUUUAUAUGAGUAUAUUAUUUCAGAGCGGUUUCUUUCUGUACUUUCCGACGUCGCUACGAGUGGAAUUGUGAAUAGGCAAAUUUAUGUGUAGUAUUUAUGUUCUAUUUACCAAUAUUGUAUAUAAAAGUUGUUGAUGGAGUGAAAGGAUGAAUAAUGAAAGUGUGUGUGAAAGACUAAAAGGCUAGAAAAAUAGAGACCGUUUAGAGUGGUUUUCCAAAAGUGCUAUAUUUUGGCCUGUGUUUAUGUGGCUACAUGGAAAAGACAUAAAUAUUCAGCUAAAUGCAAGGCAGAUUGCAAAUUGGGUGAAUUUCACAAAAUAUUUUCACCUCAAAAUCAAAAGAAAAAAAAAGAAGGAAAAGAAAUUGUAUUUUGCUUAAAGAAAAUGAAGCUUGGUUUUGGGACCAUUAAGAUUUGUUUUGCCAUUAUUUUCAUAAUUACACAAAUCCCCCACCCACAUUCAGUCAUUGUCAUAAAACAUACAGAUGCAUUAUGAAUUAUGUUUUUGUGAUUUUAAUUU